AUGGCGGGAAGAGCAGCACAGUCAGAGAGAGCUGACGAUAGUAUGCCUCUGCCUAGAGAUCAGGCAUACUAUAAGAAAGCUGUGGAGGAGUUUGCUGAGAAGAACUGGGAUUCGUCCCUGUCUGCGUUCGAGAAGGGCUAUCUGCGCAUGGGCAAGAUGAUGCGUAUAUUUCCUCGAGGUAUGCUGCUGAAGGAAUGUCGUGUCGUGUACAUACAAGGUAUCAGAAGUGUGUCGAAGUUCGGUGACAGGAACCAUCCUAAAUUGCGGAUUCUCUCGAGGUUGGUAAUGGAAGUCAGCAGAAGAAACAUGCUGGAGAAGUUGCCGACAGAAGUUAUUGCCAUGAUCCUUGGGCAGUUGUCUCUGCGGGACUUGUGUCGUGCUAUGCGCGUGUGUUGGGGUUGGAAACACCAAACCCUUAACCAGAACCUCUGGAAGCACCUCGAUUUUAAGACAUGCAAAGGCGUGUCCAUGAAGGCGUUAGCAGAUGUCCUGUCUAAGAGGGGAAAGUCCGCAACACAAUCAAUCAAGAUCCGGGAUGCAAAGAGAUUCGAGCUGGACGGUCAGAAGCUCUAUAAGAUGCUUUAUCAUUUACCGAACCUGCGGAAAUUUCAGGUUGAGGCCCCCCACACUUUUCUACUUCGGAAGUCCAAUUAUAGUUCCUGGCCGGACCGAGUUUCAACGUUGACAACGCUGUGCCUUGACUACAUAUUCGAAGAUAUUGGCGAGUUGGUAUCGAUUUUGCGUUACCUUGCUCCGAACUUGAAGGAGUUGGCGCUUCGCGGUGCUCCGCCGUUCUUGUGGAGGAUCUUUCCAGAGAUGCGUACUCUGGAGACGCUACAGCUUCAAAACAGAGACCCUCCAGAUGCGCUCAAAGGCGGACUGUUUCCCUCGGAGAUACCCUCUACCUUCCUGCGCAACCUCGCGUAUGCAACUCAGGAUCUGCGACGGCUAAAUAUCUCCGGCUAUAACAUGAGACAACCAGGCGACGCCCUGACCAGAAUCGUCGAUGAAAACAAUUGGCAAAAGCUGGAGGAGGUUUCGCUGUCAAUCUUGAGAUCAGCAAGGAACGACUUUACUUUCGACUUCCGCCUGACCAAGAAUCUCAAACUUCUGGAUCUAAGUGACGUGGGUUUGUUGACGUCGCAGAUAUCCAACAUGGUCAAUGAGGGUGUGGACAUGACAUCUCACCAGCAAUUCGAGAACCUGGAGUACUUCAGUUGCACCUCAGUCGUACCUGCUUCAGUAUUGCAGCAGCUACUUGGCCCGAGCGUGGAAAAGCGUAAACUCCGAGGUUUUGACCUCAAAUACAUGACUACUGUGUGGGACACCGAAGAUAUUAUCGGCCUUUCCUCGUUCGACUUCCUGCAUAAAGAGGACAUCGAGGCCCUGGGCCUCUCGAACUUCGUCUUCCCUUACCCAGACCGACCCGCCCCAAGCGGCCGUGCCUCGGCGGAUGCCCAGUCUUUCUUGGACUGGGUAUCGAGCUUUCCGAAUCUACAUACUGUUUUCGCUUAUCCCUUCGAGCUCGACGGCGCCCGCUUCGCCAUCGAAGGUCUUGUGAAAUUGGGUAUCAAGACGAUCUACACGGACUGCCUGAUUGGCGUGGAGCGUGAUCGGAUCAUGAAGCUGGCUAAGGACAAAGGUGUCACGAUCAUUCACGCCGUUCGGGAUGAUUCCCCGCGCUUCUGGAAAUCCAUUCAGUCUCAGUGGUAA